AUGGCGGAACAAAUUGAAUGGAAGCCUUUGGCGCUUAGCCUGCUCAAUGUACUAGAUAAAUGUCUGAAGAAGGAACCUUCGCGAAUGCUUUUGCGAGAUUCACCGAUACUGGUGGCAACAACUUACUGUGCUGUAGACAAGCCGUUGUGUAGCAGUAGCAGACGCGGAAGACCAGCCUUCGAUAUUCUGCCAGCUGUUCUUGAGRAAUCCAGAGGACUUGGCUUCACGUGGACUCAAAUUGCAAAAAUGUUAAACGUUUCGUGCUCUACUAUUCACAGACAUGUAAAAGAUCAUAGUCUUGAAGGUCUUAGUAAGUUUUCAGACAUAACUGAUGCAGAAAUUGACUGUGAUAUAGAAGACUACAUUUCCCGGCAUGGGCCCACCACAGGUACAUCCUACCUAGUUGCACACCUAAGAUCCCUGGGKCUACGAGUUCAACGUGACAGAGUAAGGUCAAGUUUAACAAGAGUUGAUCCUGACAACACUGCAUUGCUUGCCAUGUAUGCCAGAAAGAAGCUUAGCCAUCUAUCACUGAAAGGAGAGUGGUACUAUGAUCACAUUGGAGGUCAUAUGACUUGAGCCACAAACAAUUAUGCUGACACUGUUCUGGAUUUGUUUCUUGGAGGAACAACUGAAUACGGAUUGCCCUCCCGUGUCCGUGGUGAUCAUGGUGGAGAAAACAUACGUGUUGCAGAGCUAAUGACCCAAAGAAGAGGUGACAACAGAGGAAGCUUUAUCGCAGGGCCCUCGACAAGGAAUCAGAGAAUAGAGAGGCUGUGGCGUGAAGUUUUUAGAUGUGUGUCUUUUCUGUUUUAUUGUGUUCUUUAUUCUCUAGAAGACAGUGGAUACCUCAAUUUCAAUGAUCCCAUUCACUUGUUUGUUUUGCAUUAUGUUUUUACUCCAAGAAUAAACUAUGCUUUAACUGAUUUUAAACUUGCUUUAAAUUUGAGGCCUGUGCGCACAAAGCACAACUGGAUCCUAGGAUCCCAGUAA